AUGGCGGGCGUUCGCGAUCCGGCGUUCUGGCGACGCUUUUCCAUGGCGGUGCAUUUGGAUGAAGAGAAAGCCACCAUUCCGGACGCCAGAUCAGCGUCGACUACAUCUUCAAGAGCGCCCUUGAAACAUGCGGACUCGUGGCUUGAGCGCAAUCGGAGGAAACAGCGUCGAACCCGAAUUGUUGGAUGGAUAAUUGCCUUUGGAUUUCUCGCUCUAAUUGCAGCAAUUGUUCUUGUUUUAUUGUGGUUUUCCAAAGUCGGACCAUUCAAGUCGAAGUCGUCAUGA